AUGGCGACGGCCAAGCCGGCCCUCCCGGGGCGCCUCAACGAGAUCAAGACGGUGGAUGCGGAUCAGAAGGUUUGGGCAGAGUCCAAAGCGAGGCAAACCUACAGGAAGUCGGUGUUGGCCGCGCAAUCCAGCAAGGGCAGCAGCGACAGCGAGGAUGCUCCAGCGCCGGCGCGCGGUAGCAGCAGCAAGGGGAAAGAGGCGACCGAGGCCUCGCCGGAGGAAGGAUCGAAGAGCCGCGGAAGCUCGCGGGAGGAGGCGGCACCACGGCUUUCAACGGCCAGCCGCACGCGAUCGCCUUCUGCCUCUGGGUCGUGA